AUGCAUCACUGUGCCCCAGGACAGUUAAACGAGCGCCUGGUCAUCCACAGUAUCCAGGUUCUAGCAGUGGUGGCAUCAAUCUUCCUAGCCAUCUUUUGGUCACAGGUGGCCACUGUGGCAGGGGAAGUGAGAUCCGUACCAUAUCUGCUGCUCACAUUCGUUUUGGCUCUGGUUUGCUGUACAUCCAAUGUCACCUUCUUGCCCUUCAUGUUCCGCUACCCCCCUCAAUACAUCCGCACAUUCUUUGUUGGCCAGGGGCUCAGUGCCCUGUUCCCAUGUGUUGUGGCUUUGGGGCAGGGUGUGGGGAAAUUGGAGUGCAAAUUGAACAAUGGCACGGUACAGGCACACUACCUGGAUGAGAACUUCCCUGCCCAGGACUUCUUUUGGUUCCUGUUUGUAAUGCUGACAAUCUCAGCCCUCUGCUUCAUGGCGUUGACGCGUAGAGAAAUAACAGAGCCAGCAUCACAGGAGACCCCAGAGCCUGAAGUGGUGACGACAAAGGAAAAUGGGGAGGAGACCCACCCGCUCCAGAAUGGAGGAACACUGUUGUCUGAGGACCAGGUGGAGUUGGAGAAAGCAACCCCGGUCCAAACCUUCUGGACGCCACGCAACAUCUACCUGCUGGUGCUACUAGGUGUGUCCAACGCCCUGACCAACGGAGUCCUUCCCUCUGUCCAGAGCUUCUCCUGUCUGCCCUACGGCACCAUGACCUAUCACCUCUCUGUGGUCCUUGGCAACAUUGCAAACCCACUGGCCUGCUUUGUGGCCAUGUUUGUCCUUUGCAGGUCAUCUGUGGGUCUUGGUUUCAUGUCUGUAGCAGGGGGGGUCUUUGCGGCCUACCUCAUGGCUCUGGCAGUGCUCAGCCCCUGUCCUCCUCUCUUGGGGAGCUCUGCUGGUGUAUCCUUCGUGGUGGUGUCCUGGAUCAUCUUCACUGGUCUCUUCUCUUACCUGAAGGUAGUUAUAGGGACGUUGCUCCACAAGGCUGGCCAUGCUGCUCUGCUGUGGUGCGGUGUCUUCAUCCAGGCUGGCUCACUGAUAGGAGCCCUCUCCAUGUUCCCACUGGUCAGCAUUUACCACAUAUUUGCAGAGUCUGAGGACUGUGUGGACAACUGCAGUUAG